AUGCAGCGUGACGUCACGGCCCCGCCCCGCGGCUCGAUGCUGCAGCAGCGGCGGGCCGGGGGCGGCCGGGCGGGGACCCCAGCCGCGCACGGGGCGGGCAGGAGCCCGGCCUCGGAGAGGGAUGCCUCCUGCCUCCAGCCACAGGGCCAAGUGAGUGUCCGUCGGGGGAGAGCCACCUGGAGAAACUGGCCGCCGUGGCAGAGACCCUGGUGGGUGACCGCCGCCCCCAAUGGGCUCUCCCCGCAGGAACACCCACCGGCCCCCCCUGCGAUGAUCCCCCCGGCCGGCAGCACCCCUCCGGGAGAGGACCUCUUCCCCAGUGCGGCUCCCCGGGACUUCUGGAGGGCACAGAUCUCGGGCUGCUCGGAGUCUGUGACCCGGCACAUCAGCCACCGGGCCAACAACUUCAAACGACACCCCAAGAGGAGGAAGUGCAUUCGGCCAUCCCCGCCCCCGCCCCCCAACACUCCCUGCCCGAUCGAGCUGGUGGACUUUGGGGACCUGCACCCCCAGAGGUCCUUCCGGGAGCUGCUCUUCAAUGGGUGCAUUCUCUUUGGCAUCGAGUUCAGCUACGCCAUGGAGACGGCGUACGUGACCCCCGUGCUCCUGCAGAUGGGCCUCCCCGACCAGCUCUACAGCCUGGUGUGGUUCAUCAGCCCCAUCCUCGGAUUCCUUCUGCAGCCACUGUUGGGUGCUUGGAGUGACCGAUGUACCUCAAGGUUUGGAAGGAGACGCCCCUUCAUUCUUGUCCUGGCUAUAGGGGCGCUGCUGGGUCUCUCCCUCUUGCUCAACGGCAGGGACAUCGGCACGGCGCUGGCCGACACGGGCGGCAGCCACAAGUGGGGCAUCCUCCUCACCGUGUGCGGCGUGGUGCUGAUGGACUUCAGCGCAGACUCGGCCGACAGCCCCAGCCACGCCUACAUGAUGGACGUGUGCAGCCCGGCUGACCAGGACCGGGGCCUCAACAUCCACGCCCUCCUGGCAGGCCUUGGAGGAGGGUUCGGGUACGUGGUUGGGGGGAUUCACUGGGACAGAACCAGCUUCGGGAGAGCCCUGGGCGGGCAGCUGCGGGUCAUCUACAUCUUCACUGCCGUCACCCUGAGCAUCACCACCAUCCUGACCCUGCUCAGCAUCCCCGAGAGGCCCCUGCAGCCCCCGGGUGAGAAGAGGACUGCCAUGAAGAGCCCCAGCCUCCCGCUGCCCCCCUCCCCGCCCGUCCUGUGCGAGGAAGUCGCUGGCGCGGCGCUCCCCCAUCACGCGGCCGCCAGCCUGUACGCCAGCUUCUCCAGCCCCAUCUCCCCGCUCAGCCCCCUGACGCCCAAGUACGGCAGCUUCAUCAGCCGGGACAGCUCCCUGACGGGGAUCAACGAGUUCGCCUCGUCCUUUGCCACCUCCAACAUCGACAGCGUCCUCAUCGACUGCUUCACAGGAGGCCACGACCACUACCUGGCCAUCCCCAGCAGUGUCCCCAGGCAGGCCAUCAGUGUCAGCUUCCCCCGGGCUCCCGACGGCUUCUACCAGCAGGACCGCGGCCUUGGGGAGCAGCGGGAGGUGGCCCUGGCCGCCAGCUCCGACGGGGACUUCCUGAGGGUGGGCUCGCUGGACACCUCCAAGCCACGGUCAUCCGGGAUCCUGAAGAGACCCCAGACCUUGGCCAUCCCAGAGGCGGCUGGAGGAGGCGGUCCCGAAGCCAGCAAGAGGAGGAACGUUACCUUCAGUCAGCAGGUGGCGAAUAUCCUGCUCAACGGCGUCAAGUACGAGAGCCAGCUGACAGGCGCCAGCGAGCCGGCGGGGCGGCCCCUGUCCAUGCGGCACCUGUGUCUCACCAUCUGCCAUAUGCCCGCGGCACUGCGCAGCCUCUGCGUCAACCACUUCUUGGGCUGGCUCUCGUUUGAGGGGAUGCUGCUCUUCUACACGGACUUCAUGGGCGAGGUGGUGUUUCAGGGGGACCCCAAAGCCCCGCACACAUCGGAAGAGUAUCAGAAAUACAACAGCGGGGUCACCGUGGGCUGCUGGGGAAUGUGCAUUUACGCCUUCAGUGCCGCCUUCUACUCAGCUAUCCUCGAAAAGCUGGAAGAACACCUCAGCAUCCGCACGCUGUACUUCAUCGCGCACCUGGCCUUUGGCCUGGGGACCGGACUCGCCACCCUGUCCAGGAACCUCUACGUGGUUCUGUCCCUCUGCAUCACCUACGGGGUGUUAUUUUCCACCCUGUGCACUCUGCCCUACUCUCUGCUGUGCGAUUACUACCAGAACAAAAAGUUUGCAGGGUCCAGUGCAGAUGGCACCAGGCGGGGCAUGGGCGUGGACAUCUCCCUGCUGAGCUGUCAGUACUUCCUGGCCCAGAUUCUGGUCUCCCUGGUGCUGGGGCCCCUGACCUCAGCCGUGGGCAGCGCCAGUGGGGUGAUGUACUUCUCCAGCCUGGUGUCCUUCCUGGGCUGCUUGUACUCCUCCCUGUUCGUGGUUUAUGAAAUCCCUCCCAGCGACGCCACUGACGAGGAGCACCAGCCCCUCCUGCUGAAUGUUUGACACCCCAAGGCCCCAACUCUGGCCUCGGGCCUGUGCCUGGGAGUCCGGAGCAGGCCAGCCAGUGAAAAACUAAAGGGCCUUGGUAGCUGCAGGACAGGUUUCCUGAGGAAUGUAAAUAUGUGAUAAAACAAUAAAUGGCAGCAGCAAAGCCUGCAGUUUCUAUCUGUGGUUCUCCCGAGGACUGAGAGGUAACCUGCGGAUUGGCCGCUCUCCGUGCGGACUUG